AUGAUGCACAGCGAGACAACGGCGAGCGUGUCGUCCGCACACAGAGCGGACGCGAAGUACUGGCUGAUCUGGUGCUGCUCUGCACCGGCCAGACCCUCAUGGCUCCUCCGUGACGUCUUCCCUCAAUCUGUCGUUGCCGAUGGCCUCGACAAGGCCCUCGCACGCGUCCGACACACGAUCCAGCGACCGGAGCCCGUCCCCGAGUCCGAACUCCCGACCGCUGCCCCCGACCUCUCCGUGCUCUUCCUCGCUACGACCUCUACCUCUGCCGGACCCUCGUCGACAGAACACUCUCCCGCCCAUGUUCCCUCAACCGGCACUUCCGAGCCUGCGACCGCCUCCGACGCCUCCGAGACCUGGUCACAGGCGGAGGAGGCGCAGCUCGAGAUCGGCGAGGUCGCAGCGCGGAACGCCAUCCGGCCGAUCAAGCGGGCCGAGCGCCAGCAAAGGGCCGAGGCGGAGAUUGCGUCGAGGGAGGAUGUUUACUUGGUCUGGCAGGACGGGGAGGGUGAAAAGGAGGAGGCUGAGGCGAACGAGGAGAGGACGGAGGAGGACUUCGCGCUGGAGAAUUCCACCCCAGGCACGCCGGCGAUCAAGGGUCCCUCAGUCUGCCUGUCCUACCACUCUUCCCGCGUCCUUUACUUGCUCUACCAGCACCAGGGCGUCAUUGGCACACGCGAUCAGGAACAGGCCAACCUCGACACCCACAUGAUGUGGCGCUACUUCGGGUAUGAAGUCAAGCGCGGCGACCUCGAGGUGGACGGCCCGGACGAGGAGAUCCCGGGCGCCGCGCGGCGACUGGUGUAUACGACGAAGGAUGUCACGGCGUGA